CUAGCAUCCGGCUAAUUGUUGUACAGGAAGAGGGUAACCUACUCACUACAUCUUUGAUAGGCUGUCGGAUUUUUUCUUGACAAGACCUCCAAUGCCACUCGUAGCACGUCAGUAGAUCCACGAUGGUGUCACUCGAACCACGACUCCACUCUCGGCUCAGUACUCCGUACGGAUACUACUCAUUCUAGCCAUCGGUACACUCCUUUCACCAUUGUUAAUUCUGCUUACCAACAUGGAUAAUCUCCAUUGGCGGAAAAAUCAGUGAUCGAUAGGGAGUCUCGCAUGGCAUCCUUCACAGGUAGACCAGGGUCUACCCAACAUGGCACCAUAUCACAACAUAAUCGAGGUCCGAGUUGUCUUGAUAUAAGUCUCGGACGGCUCCAGACUGAGGAGCCUUACAAGACAAUUUUCAACACCUCCCAAGACCAACAUGUCGCAGCAAACGAUUUCUGCAAAGGGGACUGGCAAAAGCAAUGGCGUCAGCAACACGGCCGUUUCUGUUCACGAGCUGGGCGGAGUUGGCAAGAAUGAAUCUCCUUCAGUUGCAAAGAGCUUGGACCUUGCGGAGCCAGAAGAGACCUCCGACUCACACUUCUCAUGGCCUUGGGGUUCCACUGGCAGAAGACCUGAUCCUGGCAGUAUUGCUACUGUUCGUAGCGUAUUCGACGACCCUGCUCUCGCGCCAUACUACCUGCCUAAACCUGAGUAUGAGAACACUCAUCGCUUUGACGUCAACGAACGGUGGACGCACAAAGAGGAAAACGCUCUUCGUCGUAAGAUUGACUUGAGAAUCUUCCUAUGGAUCCUGGUCAUGUUCUUCGCUCUGAACAUUGAUCGUGGUAAUCUCGGCAAUGCAACUGCUGACAAUCUACUCGACGACCUGGGCAUCACCACCAACGACUACAACAAUGCGCAGAACAUGUAUAGAAUUGGCUUCUUGAUAUCAGAGAUUCCGUCACAGAUGAUUGGCAAAAAAGUCGGGCCAGACAGGUGGAUUCCAUUUCAGCUUAUCGGAUGGUCUCUAGCCUCUGGUGGGCAAUUUUUCAUGCAUAACAAGACCGGCUUCUUCUUAUGUCGAUUUUUCAUCGGCCUUUGCAUGGGAGGAUUCAUUCCAGAUGCAGUCUUGUAUCUCUCGUACUUCUAUACUCGAAAGGAGAUGCCGAUUCGCUUAGCUUUCUUCUGGUUCGUUGACACUAUGUCUGGUGUCGUUGCUUCUUUCAUCGCUUACGGUGUAUUGCAUCUUCGCGGAGUCGCGGGUAAGCCUGGUUGGGCAUGGCUGUUCCUCAUUGAAGCUUUGAUAUCUCUCAUCAUUGGGGUGUUGAGCUUCUUCUUCCUCAUCCCAGGGCCAACGCAGACGGGCUACUUUACAGAGCGCGAGGAGAAGAUUAUCGUCAACAAGGUACUCCGAGAUGAUCCGUCGAAGUCGGACAUGCACAACAGAGAGGCGAUUUCGCUCAAGAUGCUAUGGACUAGUCUGAAGGACUAUGAUCUCUGGCCCGUCUACAUCAUCGGCAUGCUAUUCGAGAUCCCAGCCUCUCCACCCAAGUCAUACUUGUCACUCACUCUCAAAGCACUUGGCUUCGGCACUUUCCACACAACUUUGCUGGGUGUUCCAAUUACGGUCUUCGCGGCUAUCAACAUGCUCUGGGUUACAUAUCUCACCGAGAAGUUCCAUCAAAUCGCGCUCAUUGGCUUCUUGGCUCAGGUUUGGAUCUUGCCGCUACUGAUUAUCGAAUACACAUCUGCUGGCAACAUCUCUCACUGGGCACAAUAUGCCGUGCUAUUCUUCCUCCUCGGACAACCAGCCACACAUGCAGCGCAAGUCGGGUGGUGCUCUCGACUGAGUAAUGCUGUUCGGACCAGAGCCGUCAGUGCUGCUAUGUACAACAUCACCAUCCAGCUAUCUGGUAUUGCGUCCUCGAACAUCUAUAGAACAGAUGACAAGCCUCUCUACAAACGUGGUAAUGGCCAACUCAUCGCUAUUAAUAUUGCCUCGAUGGCUACGUAUAUCUUGGCCAAGGUGUACUACAUGUAUCGAAACAAGCAGAAGAGAUUGGCGUGGAAUGCAAUGUCGAAGGAGCAACAAGCUGAGUAUCUGAAAACGAGUAAGGAUCAGGGCAAUAAAAGGCUGGACUUUUUGUUUGAGAGUUGAAAGGCUAGCGAAAAAGUACAUAAGAUUCUAUGUGUGGAUGGGGGAUAACCUGGUCCGAGCGAAAGAACAAAGGUUGAAAGAACCGAGAGCCUUUCGUAUAUACAUUGUUCCCAAC